UGAUGACGCACAGGCCCUGCUGCACGUAGUAUAAAUCCUUGUUUUCUGACGUCAGCGGCCUCUUCCCUGCCUAAGACCUCGUAAGGUGGGCAGUUGUAAAAUUUCCUGUCUCUUUUCGCCACCAAAGCGGAUCCAAAACCAUCCGUCAAAAUGGUGAACUUUACCGUGGACCAGAUCCGUACCAUCAUGGACAAGAAGGCCAACAUCCGUAACAUGUCUGUGAUUGCGCACGUCGAUCAUGGAAAGUCAACUCUGACGGACUCACUUGUGUCAAAGGCUGGCAUCAUCGCCUCAUCUCGUGCUGGAGAGACCCGUUUCACCGACACCCGCAAAGAUGAGCAGGAACGUUGCAUCACCAUCAAGUCUACCGCUAUCUCCCUAUUCUACGAGCUGAGCGAAAAUGACCUGGCCUUCAUUAAGCAGAGCAAGGAUGGCACUGGCUUCUUGAUCAACCUGAUUGACUCACCAGGACACGUUGACUUCUCCUCUGAAGUGACUGCUGCUCUCCGUGUCACCGAUGGAGCCCUGGUUGUAGUGGACUGCGUGUCUGGUGUGUGUGUGCAAACUGAGACCGUGCUCCGUCAGGCCAUUGCUGAGCGUAUCAAGCCAGUCCUGAUGAUGAACAAGAUGGACCGUGCCUUGUUGGAGUUGCAGCUUGAAGCUGAAGACCUUUACCAGACAUUCCAGCGUAUUGUUGAGUCAGUCAACGUCAUCAUCUGCACUUACGGAGAUGAAGAUGGACCCAUGGGAAAAAUCAUGGUCGAGCCAGACAUUGGUACCGUUGGCUUUGGUUCUGGACUCCAUGGCUGGGCUUUCACCCUGAAGCAGUUUGCUGAGAUGUAUGCUGCCAAGUUUGCUGCCAAGGGCAACACCCAGAUGACAGCAGCUGAGCACUGCAAGAAGGUGGAAGACAUGAUGAAGAAGCUGUGGGGUGAUAGGUUCUUUGAUGCAUCCACUGGAAAGUUCCUGAAGUCUGCUAAUGGAGCUGAUGGCACCAAGUUCCCCCGUACUUUUGUUGCUCUUAUCCUGGACCCCAUCUACAAGGUGUUCGAUGCCAUCAUGAAAUUCAACAAGGAGGAAACCGCCAAACUGAUCGAGAAGCUGGAAAUCAAGUUGGAUACUGAGGACAAGGAGAAGGAGGGUAAGCCACUCCUGAAGGCUGUGAUGCGCCGCUGGCUGCCUGCCGGAGAAGCCCUUCUGCAAAUGAUCACCAUCCACCUGCCUUCCCCUGUCACUGCCCAGAAGUACCGCUGCGAACUGCUCUAUGAAGGACCUGGAGAUGAUGAGGCUGCCAUGGGUAUCAAGAACUGUGACUCCAAGGCUCCCUUGAUGGUGUACAUCUCAAAGAUGGUCCCCACCACUGACAAGGGUCGCUUCUACGCAUUUGGUCGCGUGUUCUCUGGUACCGUCUCCACUGGCCUGAAAGUACGCAUCAUGGGACCAAACUUUGUCCCUGGAAAGAAGGACGAUCUCUUCUUGAAGCCAAUUCAGAGGACCAUUUUGAUGAUGGGUCGUUAUGUUGAGCCAAUUGAAGAUGUGCCAUGCGGUAACAUCGUGGGUCUGGUUGGAGUGGACCAGUACCUUAUCAAGACUGGAACAAUCACCACCUAUGAGCAGGCUCACAACAUGAAAGUGAUGAAGUUCAGCGUCAGCCCUGUGGUGAGAGUUGCUGUGGAGGUCAAAAACCCUGCCGACCUGCCCAAGCUGGUGGAGGGUUUGAAGCGUCUGUGCAAGUCCGAUCCUAUGGUGCAGUGCAUCAUUGAGGAGUCUGGAGAACAUAUCGUUGCUGGGGCUGGAGAGCUACAUCUGGAGAUCUGUCUGAAGGAUCUGGAGGAGGAUCAUGCUUGCGUUCCACUCAAGAAAUCCGAUCCAGUGGUGUCCUACAGGGAGACAGUCCAGGCAGAAUCAAGUGUUGUCUGUCUGUCAAAGUCGCCCAACAAGCACAACCGUCUGUUCAUGAAGGCCUGUCCCUUGUCAGAUGGCCUGGCAGAGGAUAUUGAGAAGGGUGAAGUUACCAAUCGUCAAGACCUCAAGACCCGUGCCCGCUACCUUGCUGACAAGUACGAGUGGGAUGUCGGUGAGGCCAGAAAGAUCUGGUGCUUCGGACCCGAUGGAACUGGCCCCAACCUUUUGGUCGACGUUACCAAGGGAGUGCAGUACCUCAAUGAGAUCAAGGACAGUGUCGUGGCUGGCUUCCAGUGGGCAGUUAAGGAGGGUGUCCUCUGUGAAGAGAACAUGCGUGCCAUUCGCUUCAACGUCCAUGAUGUGACCCUGCAUACAGAUGCUAUUCACCGUGGUGGUGGUCAGAUUAUUCCCACAGCUCGCAGAGUUCUGUACGCAUGCGAGCUCACUGCCGAGCCCAGGAUAAUGGAGCCCAUCUACCUGGUGGAAAUCCAGUGUCCUGAAGCUGCUUUGGGUGGGAUCUACGGUGUGUUGAACAGGAGGCGUGGUCACGUGUUUGAGGAGGUCACUGUCAUGGGCACACCAAUGCGUGUUACCAAGGCCUAUCUGCCUGUCAAUGAGUCAUUUGGUUUCACCGCUGACCUUCGUUCCCACACUGGUGGCCAGGCCUUCCCACAGUGUGUGUUCGACCAUUGGAACAUCCUUGCCGGAGACCCAUUUGACCCUGCAUCCAAGCCUGGUAUUGUUGUCACGGAGACACGCAAACGUAAGGGUCUCAAGGAAGGUAUCCCAGCCUUGGAAAACUACCUGGACAAAUUGUAAACGCCUGGACCCCACUUGGCUCAUGCCUCAUUCCUCCCUUUCCAACAAAGUUAAAUCUAUGUGGGAGUGGACUGUACAGAACACAGUGAGCACUAAGGUUUGCCAAAAGGAUUGACAAUAAUGGAUAAACGACUACAAAAAUUGUAAACGAUAAAUAAAAUAAAAUAAAAAUAAAGGUUGAGGCUGUUCAUUUUUGUUUCUUUAUGGGAAUGAAUGAUCAUGUGGAAGCUAUGUAAGACUUUUUUCCACUGCUGCUUAAAUUUAUCUAUGGUGGCUACAAUUAAACAAGAAUAAAGGGUUGAGGUGCUCAAUCUACUUUUAUGUCCUCACAUUAACCAAAUAUGAUGCAUUAAACAUUUACUAACGCA